AUCCGCGCAGGGCAGGGAGGAAUCUGGGCUUGGGGAGAUAAACACAUUGCUAUGGGGGGCGAUCGUCAUUCGACAUUAUGGCCCACUUGCGAUUUGUGAUUUCUCUUCUUUAGCCGGCCUUGAGUGUCUUCGGGAUUCAUGUCGGGCAUCAUUUAACUGCUUUGUUCGGAAGCGUCGAGCGGCUUCAACUGCAAAACAAACAUGGUAACAAGGCCGCACGUCCCAACAAUAUACGUAUACGUAUAAAUACCUAUGUGCAUACCUUUAUUUUCUUCUUUUUUCUUUUUUUUAAACGUUUUCGAAUACCGGCCUACACGUUAUCAUGACUUUCGGCUCAGCUCAUCGUGCGGGGUUCUUGGAUGCAACCGUCCAUGGCAGGGCCACUUAGUGAGUUGCCGGACGUCAUAUAGAUACAACUGUUGGUUUGUGAGAUUGUAAAUUCAACCCAACGUUACGCGCAUUUCCUCUGAAAGGUUAAGCGCCUCGGUACCUCGGGCCCUACGGGCCGCGACUGGCAAACAAUUAUCUCGCGCCUAGCGGCGUAAAUGAAAUUGGGGUACGAUAUUCGGCCGAGCAUUUGAUGCCGUGCGGGAUCGUGUGUACCCUAAAAUGAAAAGCGUCAUUGGGGCAAUGUCACUCGGAGACGCUCCAAUUGCUAAUUAAAGUCGAUCGAGAGUUGGCCGUCGGGACAUAUUAUCACUGGAACUUCGCUCGGCGUUAUUUAAUUUCGGGAUAUUUUGAUCCCUAAUAAAAAAAAAAUGGCAUAAUAGGUAAUGGUAACUAUACUAUUCUACUAGAGGCCAUUCAGGUACGGUCCGAUCGCUUAUUAAAGCUAGUCAGGGUGGGCCCACAAGCCCACCAACACAAUCAUUUAAAUAGAAUGACGGUGGGCAUUUAUCAAUAGAGCUUGGCUCAGCAUUAUUUAAUUUCGGGAAUCCCUGUUAAAUAAUUGUGAUAACAAACAACAGGAAAAUCCCUACCAUUUAACAUAUUACUCCCUCCGUCCCAUAUUUAACUCCGGUUUUGACCGAGCACAGGUUUUAAGAUAGUGGUAUUUGUGUGGUAGAGAGUUAUGCAGAGGAGAGAGAAAUGUGUAAGAAUGGUUAUGAACCACAUAUUCUUUACCAAAAAGGGAAAAAAGAGAUAAAUUUGGGACGAACCGAAAAAGAAAGAAUGAAGAUAAUUCUGGGACGGAGGGAGUAAUAAAAAAUGAGGGAGUUAGUACGGGACUUAGCUUCAAAUGGAACGAAGUCAACGAACUAGCUGACUUGGAUAAGAGUUGAUUUUUUGACUUGAUUGAGAAUUCCAGUCAAUCACUCCCUCCUUGUCCAUACGAUCAUUACUCCUGACAAGCUACUACCAGUAGCUCCUACCAGCCCUAAACCUUCGGCAUGUGGGAAGUCUGCGACCAAGAGAGUGGCUGCACGACUACUGUUGCUCCCCGUCAAUUAGCUCCCUCGUCGUUUGAAGACUGCAGCGGCUGCGGAGGUCAGAGAGGUUGUCGAGUUGCGUGGAUGGCCACAGAGGCUAGCCUUGGAAGACCGGCUGAACUUCGAAAUACACAUUUUUCUGAGCUCCAAGCCACCAUUAAUGGCGGAGACUCAUCUGGCUCGCAGUUGAGCGGCGACGGGGUCGGAGGACCGGUCUGCGGGUUGGGGAGGUAGAGAGGUCCGCCGCUAAAGGCGUCCGCCCCGCGACCGGUGUACAGAGCUGCGGCCGGAGACUCGUUGCAACGGGCCAGCGGCCGCCAGACUUGGUCCUCUGGGGAAGUACGUCAGCCGACACACGCCGACGUUGCCACCUCCUCCGAGACCCAGCGGAUUCUACAUCUGAAAUUUUUUAAUGCUUCCUUUUUCCUGCGGAUGGGUUGAGGAGCUGGGUUUGUGAGAUCACCCGGAUUAGGCGCCUCCAGUGUUCCGGUUGCGGUAGGGUCUGCAAUAGCGGUGGCAGCGAGGUUCAGCGUGGCCACGGCGGCGAACUCGAACAGUCUCUUCCGACGGCGAACUUGGUCAGUUAGACCGCUAGACUUGGUGUUGCAGGCAGCGACAUCCCUGUCUCAGAUCCGGAGCUCUCCCAGAUCAAAAUUCCAGAAUUCUUUCUUCUUCUCUGAUGUAAUGAGUCCAUUUUCGUCUUAUUUUUUUGUUGUGGAAUGCACGUCCAGAGAGGUGGCACAGAGGCAACAAGAGAGCAAUGAACAGUGGUGGACUCUAGCGACUGAUGAGUCGGCAGGAGCCAAGGGAUGCAGGGGCGGAAUCGUCCUCAUCUCACUCGAGGGAUUCCGAGCCUACUAUGCCUACCUCUAUCUUUUCAAAGUCUCUAACAAUGAGGUGGAGUACGAGGUCCUACUGUCUGGGCUACGACUGGCAGCCACCAUGGGAGCAGAGUGGAUAACGGUGAAAUGUGACUCUCGUCUGGUGGUUUCCCAGGUCAAAGGUGAGUUCGAAGCGAAGGAAGAAAGAAUGAUGAAGUACCGAGAUGCUGUUCGGGAGUUGCUCGGGUUCUUCAAGCAAGCAGAGUUGAUCUGCAUCCCGAGAAAUCAAAACUCGGAUGCAGGCCUCCUCUCAAAACUAUCCCAGGGACCGCCUAAACACAUUUCAAAAAUCGCACGCAUUGAAGAGAUGACGACCUCAAGUAUAGCACCAUCAUCGUCCAUCGAGGUCCUUCCCCUGCAACCGGUCGCCUGGUGCUGGGUGGAUGACCUCCUGCGCUACAUAGCCAACGGGACGCUCCCCGAUAAAGAAGAGGAAGCAAGGCUAGUCCGACGACGGGCUUCGGGCUACGUUGUCUUGGAUGGGAAGCUAUACAAGAGGUCCUACAAUGGGACCCUACUAAAGUGUUUGCGCCCACAUGAGGCAGACAGGAUCGUUUCCGAACUCCAUGGGGGCGUGUGCUCCGCCCACCAGGGGGCAUGCACGAUAGCUAGGAAGGUCAUCCUCCAGGGGUACUUUUGGUCGACAAUAAUGAAGGAUUGCGCCGACUAUGCAAGGAAAUGUGAGACAUGUCAGAAAUUCCAGAAGAACCCUGGCCGGCCAGCCACGAUGUACACACCGAUCAGCACCGCCCUUCCAUUCACAAGAUGGGGCGUCGACCUGGUCGGUCCCCUGCCAACCGGGUCGGGAAACCGAAAGUUCGUCAUCGUCGCGGUGAACUACUUUACGAAGUGGGUGGAGGCCGAGCCACUCGCCAGCAUCACGCAUCUUCAAUGUAAGAAAUUCAUAUGGAAGAAUAUUUUUUGCCGAUUUGGGGUUCCCCUCCAAAUAAUCUCCGACAAUGGAAGGCAGUUUGACUGCGAAGCCUUCCGGCAGUUCUGCGCAGAGUGGGGCGUAGAAUCCAGCAGAGUUGCGGUCUGCUAUCCUCAAGCAAAUGGACAUGUGGAGAACACCAACCGGACGAUCGUCGAUGGGCGGCAAAAGAAAUUGGAGGCCCUCAGGACUGUCUGGGUGGAGGAGUUGAACAAUAUACUCUGGACCUUCAGAACAAACCCAAGGAAGGCAACCGGAGAGACCCCCUUCGCUUUGUGCUAUGGCUUUGAGGCGAGGGCACCGUUCGAGGCAGUAGUCCUCAGCCGACGGGUGGAAGAGUUUGAACCAGCCAGCAAUGAGGAGAGGCUCCGAGCCGAGCUCCACCUCAUCGAGGAAAGAAGAGACCGUGUCUUCAUCAAAGCGGAAAACUACCGACAGCAAAUCAAGGCAUACCAGGACAGCCGAGCCCGACCCCGGAGUUUUGAUGUCGGUGACUACGUCUUGAGGCGUAGGAAGGCGAGCAAGCCGACAGAGGGAGGUAAGCUUUCCAUCAAGUGGGAAGGCCCUUACGUGGUUGACGCCAUGAUCGGCCCUGGAACAUACAAGUUGAAGACAACAACAGGCCGACUAGUAGAUCGUGUCUGGAACGCCGAGCACCUGAUGAAGUUUUACUAGUAGAAAAUCGAAACUUUACUUUUCUUUGUAAACUCAUGUGCUCCGAACACGGGAUCACAAUUUGUAAUUCUUCAUGUGGUCCGCCCACAUCAUGAAUUCAAUAUAUUUUGCUAGCGAUAUUUUGUCUUCGAAAGAGGUCCGACCUCACUUAGCAAUAAAGGGCGGCAGAAAAAAAGAAAAAAAAAGAAAUAAAAAAGGAAGAAAAAGAGGUACUAUGCCCCCUCGGUGUUUGGCCAACAUCGGCAAGGCUCUUGAACUGAAAAUAGCCAAGCGAUUUUCGAGAAUCCGGGCAAUUUUCUAAAGUAAAGAUCCAGCCGCGACAGUCGAGGCGACAGUAGGGCCGACCUCCGGGUCGAGGGCGCUCAGGAUGCUGACCUCCGGGUCCUUUCGAGUGCUCGCUGCCUAACAUCGCUGCCCAAGCAGCUCGCGCUCUCGCCAUCCCUGAGUUGGCGGUGCGGGUCCGUUCUGGUGGAUCAUGCAAGGUCCGACCCUGUUGUUCGGCUAUCCCUGCAGGAGUAACCAGAUUAUUCCCCAUGUCCGGGCAAACUGGACGGGUUAAAGUGACAGUAGGACUGACCCCCGGGUCAUGAACGUUCAGGAUACCGACCUAAGGGUCCUCCUCGUAGGUUCAAUGUCCGACCUUGCUAGCCGAACAAGUCGUGUACUUGUUGAAUCCAUAUCAACAGCGAACAGAUCACUUCUAUCCGACCAGGAGGGGAACGGAUAGGCUCGGCCAUGCCAGCCUAACUGCCCCCCGGGAGGUUAGAGAAGCCGGAUCCCCGAAUAAAUUGCUAAGUAUUCGUAAUGCAAAGUAGAGAAAAGGAGACAUAUGAGUUCAAAAUCAAAC